ACGAUAAGGAUGGAUAAGGGUUCCUGAUAAUUGACCCAGUACUAGUUUGGGAAUACAUGGUCAAACCCAUCCCGAUACCGUUCCAGGACCGGACAGUAAGGGAAUCGACGAAAGCGCCAGCUAUGAAUUCGGAACAGUUUUGCGAAAAUGGAAGGAAGAUGGUAGAGUACAUUAGUACUUACCUAGAAAAAAUCCGAGAGCGCCGAGUUGUCCACAACGUUGCCCCUGGCUACAUGCAGCAGCUUAUACCUGCAGAGGCCCCCCAAGAACCAGAGGAUUUCGCCGAAGUCUUUAAGGAUAUCGACAAAAUUAUUAUGCCAGGGGUCACCCAUUGGCACAGUCCUCGGUUCCAUGGUUACUUCGCUGCAGGAAACUCCUACCCGUCCAUCCUUGGUGACAUGUUGUCUGAUGCCAUAGGAUGUAUAGGAUUUUCUUGGGCUUCAAGUCCGGCCUGUACUGAGUUAGAAGUCAUCACCACUGACUGGCUAGGGAGCAUGCUAGCACUGCCAGAAGAGUUCUUACAUCGUUCAACAGGCAGGGGAGGAGGAGUCAUUCAGGUUGGACACGGACGUGAACCUAUCAACACCUACCCUCAAUUGGAUGAGAUGGAAAUAAUGGCAAAAUUAGUGGGGUACACUUCCGACCAGUCCAACUCGUCUGUGGGGCGAUCCGGCCUUCUGGGCGCUGUUCGUAUGCGCAAAUUGAAUACAGACAGCAAGUUCAGUCUCCGUGGAGAGGCACUGAAGGUCGCUAUAGAAGAGGAUAAAUCAAAAGGCCUCAUACCAUUCUUUUUGUGUGCAACAUUGGGAACGACUGGAACAUGUGCCUUCGAUAACCUAGAGGAACUUGGUCCUAUAUGCAAAGAAGAGGAUAUGUGGCUCCACAUAGAUGCAGCGUAUGCUGGGAGCGCUUUUGUUUGUCCAGAAUUUCGCCACUUUAUGAAAGGUGUUGAACAUGCCGAUACAUUCAGUAUUAAUCCCCAUAAAUGGAUGUUGGUCAAUUUUGAUUUAUCUGUUAUGUGGAUAAAAGACAGUUCAUUGUUAGUGGACGCCUUCAAUGUUGAUCCAAUAUACCUUCGGCAUGAGAACGCUGGGAAAGGAGCACCAGACUACAGGCACUGGCAGAUCCCUCUUGGGCGCCGGUUCCGUUCCCUUAAGCUAUGGUUCAUGUUGCGGUCUUAUGGAGUGACUGGUGUCCAAGCAUACAUUCGAAAGCAUGUGCAUCUGGCAAAGGAGUUUGAGCAGAUGCUACUAAACGACACUCGAUUCGAGGUUGUAGGAGACGUUAUAAUGGGGCUGGUGUGUUUUAGACUAAAAGGUAGCAAUAGCCGGACAGAGCGACUGCUCCAGGAGAUUCUACAGGACGGCCGUAUCUACCUCAUACCAGCCAUUGUUCAUAACAUCUACACCCUCAGACUGGCUAUUUGUGCUGAGCGCACAAACUUAGACGACAUCGCUUUCUCUUUUUCAGUUAUCCGAUCCUGCAGUGAUCGGGUAACAAAAGAAUUUCAGGCAACAGAUGGUACCAGACAAGCUGUCACCCAACAGACUCGCAACGUUGGGUUAGACUAGGUGGUCACGUCACUGCCUGUGAAAUCAUAAUUUUAUGGUGUUAUUGAUUUAAUCUUGGUUGUAACAAGCAUUUUCAUUCGCUUAGAAAUUUAUGUUAUCAGUCCAUAACGUAAAACAUGGCAUCGCCAUUUAUAACGUCGCUUCUGAUUGGCGGAUGGAGCAGCGGAAUGAUUUGUAGAGAUUAGAGUCAAUCAAUAAAUCCAUUUUUGCAGGGUAUAGAUUACAUUAUAAUGAUUAACUUGAAUAUAUUUUGUGUUUAUAACUCCAUAACUCAAUCUACUCUGAUCAUAAAUGAACUUUUUGCACUGACAUUGUCAUAAUGUUGCAUUGACAUUUGUACUGACAUUGUCUUGAGGUAUUAACUAUUGUACUGACUUUUUUCUAAUUUUGUAUUAAUUUUUUUCUGACAUUGUCCUAAUGUUGUAUCAAGUUUUGUACUGUAUUUGUCCUAAUAUAUUAACCAUUGUACUGACAUUGUCUUAAUGUUGUAUCAGCAUUUGUAUUGACAUUGUGCAUGUCCUGAUGUUGUAUUAACUUUUGUUCUGACAGUGCACUGACAUUGUCCUGAUGAUGUAACACUUUUGGAACCGACAUUGUCCUGAUGAUGUAACACUUUUGGUACGGACAUUGUCCUGAUAAUGUAUUAACCAUUGUACCGACAUUUUUCUAAUGUUGUAAUAACUUUUGUUCUGACAUUGUCCUAAUGUUGUAAUAACUUUUGUUCUGACAUUGUCCUAAUGUUGUAUUAACUUUUGUAGUGACAUUGUCCUAAUGUUGUAUUAACUUUUGUUCUGACAUUGUCCUAAUGUUGUAAUAACUUUUGUUCUGACAUUGUCCUAAUGUUGUAUUAACUUUUGUAGUGACAUUGUCCUAAUGUUGUAUUAACUUUUGUUCUGACAUUGUCCUAAUGUUGUAAUAACUUUUGUUCUGACAUUGUCCUAAUGUUGUAUUAACUUUUGUUCUGACAUUGUCCUAAUGUUGUAAUAACUUUUGUUCUGACAUUGUCCUAAUGUUGUAAUAACUUUUGUUCUGACAUUGUCCUAAUGUUGUAAUAACUUUUGUUCUGACAUUGUCCUGAUGUUGUAUUAACUUUUGUUCUGACAUUGUCCUAAUGUUGUAAUAACUUUUGUUCUGACAUUGUCCUAAUGUUGUAAUAACUUUUGUUCUGACAUUGUCCUGAUGUUGUAUUAACUUUUGUUCUGACAUUGUCCUAAUGUUGUAAUAACUUUUGUUCUGACAUUGUCCUAAUGUUGUAAUAACUUUUGUUCUGACAUUGUCCUAAUGUUGUAUUAACUUUUGUUCUGACAUUGUCCUAAUGUUGUAAUAACUUUUGUUCUGACAGUGCACUGACAUUGUCCUGAUGAUGUAACACUUUUGGAACCGACAUUGUCCUGAUGAUGUAACACUUUUGGUACGGACAUUGUCCUGAUAAUGUAUUAACCAUUGUACCGACAUUUUUCUAAUGUUGUAAUAACUUUUGUUCUGACAUUGUCCUAAUGUUGUAAUAACUUUUGUUCUGACAUUGUCCUAAUGUUGUAUUAACUUUUGUAGUGACAUUGUCCUAAUGUUGUAUUAACUUUUGUUCUGACAUUGUCCUAAUGUUGUAAUAACUUUUGUUCUGACAUUGUCCUAAUGUUGUAUUAACUUUUGUAGUGACAUUGUCCUAAUGUUGUAUUAACUUUUGUUCUGACAUUGUCCUAAUGUUGUAAUAACUUUUGUUCUGACAUUGUCCUAAUGUUGUAUUAACUUUUGUUCUGACAUUGUCCUAAUGUUGUAAUAACUUUUGUUCUGACAUUGUCCUAAUGUUGUAAUAACUUUUGUUCUGACAUUGUCCUAAUGUUGUAAUAACUUUUGUUCUGACAUUGUCCUGAUGUUGUAUUAACUUUUGUUCUGACAUUGUCCUAAUGUUGUAAUAACUUUUGUUCUGACAUUGUCCUAAUGUUGUAAUAACUUUUGUUCUGACAUUGUCCUGAUGUUGUAUUAACUUUUGUUCUGACAUUGUCCUAAUGUUGUAAUAACUUUUGUUCUGACAUUGUCCUAAUGUUGUAAUAACUUUUGUUCUGACAUUGUCCUAAUGUUGUAUUAACUUUUGUUCUGACAUUGUCCUAAUGUUGUAAUAACUUUUGUUCUGACAUUGUCCUAAUGUUGUAAUAACUUUUGUUUUGACAUUGUCCUAAUGUUGUAAUAACUUUUGUUCUGACAUUGUCCUGAUGUUGUAUUAACUUUUGUUCUGACAUUGUCCUAAUGUUGUAAUAACUUUUGUUCUGACAUUGUCCUAAUGUUGUAAUAACUUUUGUUCUGACAUUGUCCUAAUGUUGUUAUAACUUUUGUUCUGACAUUGUCCUAAUGUUGUAAUAACUUUUGUUCUGACAUUGUCCUAAUGUUGUAAUAACUUUUGUUCUGACAUUGUCCUGAUGUUGUAUUAACUUUUGUUCUGACAUUGUCCUGAUGUUGUAAUAACUUUUGUUCUGACAUUGUCCUGAUGUUGUAUUAACUUUUGUUCUGACAUUGUCCUAAUGUUGUAAUAACUUUUGUUCUGACAUUGUCCUAAUGUUGUAUUAACUUUUGUAGUGACAUUGUCCUAAUGUUGUAUUAACUUUUGUUCUGACAUUGUCCUAAUGUUGUAAUAACUUUUGUUCUGACAUUGUCCUAAUGUUGUAAUAACUUUUGUUCUGACAUUGUCCUAAUGUUGUAUUAACUUUUGUAUUGACAUUGUCCUAAUGUUGUAUUAACUUUUGUUCUGACAUUGUCCUAAUGUUGUAAUAACUUUUGUUCUGACAUUGUCCUAAUGUUGUAUUAACUUUUGUUCUGACAUUGUCCUAAUGUUGUAAUAACUUUUGUUCUGACAUUGUCCUAAUGUUGUAAUAACUUUUGUUCUGACAUUGUCCUGAUGUUGUAUUAACUUUUGUUCUGACAUUGUCCUAAUGUUGUAAUAACUUUUGUUCUGACAUUGUCCUAAUGUUGUAAUAACUUUUGUUCUGACAUUGUCCUAAUGUUGUAAUAACUUUUGUUCUGACAUUGUCCUAAUGUUGUAAUAACUUUUGUUCUGACAUUGUCCUGAUGUUGUAUUAACUUUUGUUCUGACAUUGUCCUGAUGUUGUAAUAACUUUUGUUCUGACAUUGUCCUGAUGUUGUAUUAACUUUUGUUCUGACAUUGUCCUAAUGUUGUAAUAACUUUUGUUCUGACAUUGUCCUAAUGUUGUAAUAACUUUUGUUCUGACAUUGUCCUAAUGUUGUAAUAACUUUUGUUCUGACAAUGUCCUAAUGUUGUAAUAACUUUUGUUCUGACAUUGUCCUAAUGUUGUAAUAACUUUUGUUCUGACAUUGUCCUAAUGUUGUAAUAACUUUUGUUCUGACAUUGUCCUGAUGUUGUAAUAACUUUUGUUCUGACAUUGUCCUGAUGUUGUAUUAACUUUUGUUCUGACAUUGUCCUGAUGUUGUAUUAACUUUUGUUCUGACAUUGUCCUAAUGUUGUAAUAACUUUUGUUCUGACAUUGUCCUGAUGUUGUAAUAACUUUUGUUCUGACAUUGUCCUGAUGUUGUAUUAACUUUUGUUCUGACAUUGUCCUAAUGUUGUAAUAACUUUUGUUCUGACAUUGUCCUAAUGUUGUAAUAACUUUUGUUCUGACAUUGUCCUAAUGUUGUAAUAACUUUUGUUCUGACAUUGUCCUAAUGUUGUAAUAACUUUUGUUCUGACAUUGUCCUGAUGUUGUAUUAACUUUUGUUCUGACAUUGUCCUGAUGUUGUAUUAACUUUUGUUCUGACAUUGUCCUAAUGUUGUAAUAACUUUUGUUCUGACAUUGUCCUAAUGUUGUAAUAACUUUUGUUCUGACAUUGUCCUGAUGUUGUAUUAACUUUUGUAGUGACAUUGUCCUGAUGUUGUACUGAUUAUUUUAAUGUUUUAUGACCUUUUGUAGUGACAUUGUCCUGAUUAUUUUAAUGUUUUAUGACCUUUUGUAGUAACAUUGUCCUGAUUAUUUUAAUGUUUUAUGACCUUUUGUAGUGACAUUGUCUUGAUGUUGUACUGAUUAUUUUAAUGUUUUAUGACCUUUUGUAGUGACAUUGUCCUGAUUAUUUUAAUGUUUUAUGACCUUUUGUAGUGACAUUGUCCUGAUUAUUUUAAUGUUUUAUGACCUUUUGUAGUGACAUUGUCCUGAUUUAAUGAUAUUAUAUUGACAUUGUUGAAAAGUCGCAAUUAUUGUCUGGCUGUACGAUUGACCGCAAUAUUAACCACAGAGUUCGAUGUAUCAUAACAACUAAUAUAACUAGCCAUUAUAAUCAAGAAGCAAAAAAACAUUGUCUUGUAUGUGAUUUGAUUUAACAAUUCUACAGUAUCUGCAAUUCUGAAAUAUAUUUGUUUGAUUUCAAUGGUUACAUUGUUGUCAAUACCACAGACACAGCUGGGCUGUAAUACUGUAAACCUGGUAUUUUCGCCCUUGAGCAACACAAACGAUAUUCGCCCCAUUUUAAUUUCGCCCUAAACUACUUUUUAAGAAAUGUCUUUUCCUCAUUUACAAUCGGAAAACUCCGUUCGGAAUUCUCGAUACAAUUGCACUCGGAACACUAGGGAUUUAUCAAAUUCCCCUAUUUUCUUUUCUUUGCAUAUCCCGCUGAGGUGUGAAAUGUAAUCAGAUGUGAAAUAAACAACGUUCACCUGUG